AUGCUUCUCGGUUUGAUCUCUCUUUCCAUCUAUCUAUCGUCGGCAUCCGGGCUUUCAUUCGAAAUCCCUGCCACUCCACCUUCCAACGCGAGUAAAACACUCGCCGAGGCGCCGGUCGGAAUUUCAUUCGAAUUCUUCGCAUAUCCUGCGUAUUUUACCGGUGUCGCCUCAACCGAGACAUGUUUAGAGAAUUUCAAAGACUUGACGGGUGUGUGGCCACCCAUGCGCAUAGGAGGCACCACACAGGAUCGUGCCACAUACAAUGCUUCAAUGACAGAAGCCGUCAGUUAUUCUGUGGCUAGUGCGACGGAUGCACCCGAGUCCCUUACAUUUGGGCCAGCUUUCAUAUCAAUGGCUGCGGACUACAGCGGAUCAGUCACCUUAGGCCUGAAUCGUCGCCUCGAUAACAUUGGAAAUACUAUUUCUGCCGCGGAAGAGGCCCAAAAUGUGAUGGAAAACCUAUACGCUAUCGAGCUUGGCAAUGAGCCCGACUUUUACGUCGACACUGAUCCGAUCGCGGAUGGAGAGGACUGGACCGCUGCGGAUGAUUAUGCAUCUCAGGUUCAAUGGCAAGAAGAAGUAUGCGGAAAUCUGUCAUCAACUGACAUAAUAUCUGCCGGUGUUUACUUUGGAACAUCGCCGGAGAGCAUACAAGGAUUGACUGCCGUCGAAGGUGAUGCCAACGUUUAUGUCAAAGACUAUUGCUCUCACAACUAUCCCCAGUCUGCUAGUACUGCUGAUCUUGAAACUCUCAUGGGCCAUAGUGAUAUCACAUCUGAGAUCGAACCCUUCGCUGCUGAAGUCUCAGCGGCAGUAGCUCUGGGUAAAGAGCAUGUGUUUGGUGAAACUAACUCUGCGACCGGCGGCGGGGGUGGCAUAAGUCCAACCUUUGGUGCUGCUUUGUGGAUUCUGGACUACGUAAUGCAGAGUCUUCUCAUGGGAACCAAAGCCCUUUACUUUCACCAAGGAACCAUCGGAGAUUGUCAAUACUGUUGGUGGGGUCGCUACGACAUGGGCUCACCCUAUUUCGGUGCCUACUUUGCGACAAUGGCUCUCGCCGGUGCCGAUCAAAUUGCAGAGCUUGACGAUCAAACCACAUCCUUCGCAGCCUAUGCUAUUUACAAGGAUAAUGCCCCGAUCAAAGCUCUUCUCUAUAACUCUGAAUAUUAUGCGAGUGGGACACGAACAUACCAGGAGUUUACUUUGAGCGGUCUAUCAGGCUCCACGGUCACAGCCAAGCGUCUCACUGCAACCUACGCUACUUCGAGAGUUGACGAAGGUGACAGCCCCACAGUUGCAGGUCAGACAUUUGGGAAUGGAAACUGCACUCUGAUGGGAGAGGCUACUGUGGAGACAGUCACGGUCUCUUCUGGAUCGGCUCAGUUCUCGGUUGGUGCCUCGGAGGCACUUCUCGUUUAUCUUUAG